AUGUGGGGCGUAGAUUUGGAUCACCGCGGAAGACUGGCAUUAACAGAAGCACCGGAUAACGAAUUUUCAUCUGUAGGAGCAGGUCUGCAGUUAUCCAUAGACGAGGAAGAAUCCUUUCCGGGAUGCAGGGCUGCAGUCCGUGCUAGCGCAACUUCCGUGACAACAGGGAAUGGAGCUGAUACAGUUGAAGAUACAUCUGACGAGUUCAAUGUCAGUGACGAAGAUUCAUUAAACAGUGUUGAGGGGGUCGAGGAAAGGCUGGGUGAACCACAUUUGCCCUUGGAAAAUUAUGCUGCUUCGGAAGACCUCAAGAACGGUGCUGGAGCAUUGUUGCCAGUGUGGAGUGGUGUAGAACAAGCCGAUCAGAUUGAUCUUGGUGUUGAACAAGAAACUGGAAAGUUUUCUUCCGUAGAAAUGGAUCUUGCUGUGGGAACAUCGAACAAAUGGCAGGGGGUAGAAAGUGACUAUCCCUGCUUUUAUCCAUCGAGAAUUAUGCCAGGAUGUGUUUCGCAGACUUCAUCUCAUGUAGUUACUGAAUUGGAAGGUGGAGCUGCUCAUUCUGAGGGAGACAGUGACCUCAAGGGUCCUAAGGAUGCUAUUAGUCAGCUGUCACAACCGACAUCGAAUCAAUACUCAAUGGAAAAUGGUCCAGAGAUGUCAAACGAGUGUUCUGGUGGCUUUCAGUAUCAGGAUAGCGAGGAUGCGGAUUUAAUCCGACGUGGGACUGAGAGCAGAAGUAUAACAUAUGAUAAUUCUAUAGAACCAGUUCAAAUCCUUCAUAGACAGGAUAAUUCUGAGAUUGUUCUGGUGUCUUGUGUCACGAACGACUGUUUGGAGUGGGGCACUAAGACACUAUGUGCCGAAAAUUUAGAUAAACUGGCUAAGGAGACAGUAGCAGAUGGUAUCCCUCGUUCUGAAGAAAGGAAUGCUCAAGAUUUCAAUGGUAUGGAGGAAAUAAGUGGCAUUAUUCAGGUACAUUUUGAGAACGAGAUGCAGCAAGCAUUACCAAUUGAGAGACAGUCUUGUGAUGCAGGUCAAAGUUUGCCUGAGACAUCUUCAAAAUGCAUAAGAGGGGAAUCAUCAUGCCCUCAUUCAUAUAAUGCCAGUAGCAAUUUAGAAAGUCUCUCUAUGAAUAUGCUUUCAGAUGCCGCUGAUGCUGUUACCAUUUCCUCAACCUGCCCAGAUAGUGUAGUCAAUUGUACUGUGCAGUUAGAUAAUAUGGAAAAAUUUGACCUAAAGUCUGAGCCUGUUUCUGUUGUCAGACGUAGAAAUCCUGAACGUGCUGCUUCCUCUAAGAACGCCCAACGUGUGGCAAAGUCUGAUCAACCACCAAAAUCAAGAAGUUCUGGAAAAAAAACAAAAAAUGCAGAAAAAAUCCGCGCAUCCCAUGAUGGAGAUUUUAGGACCACCUCAAACACGGUCACCAAGAAAAGAUGCCAUUCCUUGAAACGUGCGCGUGUUUCUGUCUGGGGUGCUCUGGGGAAUCUGUUAGAACUAUUUAAGCAUGAUUCCGAGCUUUGUGAAUCAAAGAAUAAAGGGUUGAAGAAAGGGAGGAGUCGUGGGGGGAGGAGACGUCUGAUUGAUCAGAGAGCUGGGACAUCCACUGCUUCUAGACUUAAUCAGGUUGUUUCAACCAAUCCUGAGAUUUUGCAGGAAAAAAUGGACCGCCAACUUACUGUUCCAGGUGAUCCGCAUGGUUCUGUAUGUUCUAACUCUAAUGAUUGUGUGCGCAGUUUUGAUCUUCCGUCUGACCCUGGGUCGUCAAGACCGGUGAAUGGAGUUGAAAACAAAUUUGAGACAGAUGGCUGCACUGCCAGGCAGAGCACUUGUUGGUCCAGAGAUUUAGAAAAUCAGAUGAUGUCUUGUGAGCUACGUGCUCAUCAUGGGGACAGGGACCAGGAGAGCAGCCUCACACAAGAGGCAUCCGGUGAGAAUACGACAGGUGAUUGCCAUGGAGUUCAAUCUCGUGUGGUGAAGGAAGCUUCAGUGGAAGUAGCAGAUGAGAGACUGCUAUUAGACCCUGGUACAUCUCCCGAUUCAGGUGUACUUCAUCCAACUGUUGAUGGUGGAAAUGUGGUAGAUGAGUGUAUAAAUCGCACAAGUUUAGAACCAUCUUCCAAUGGUGGAGUCAUCGGCUACAGUCUUUGUGACUUAGGAUAUCCAGUACGGGAAAACAAGCUUGCUGAUGUUGUGACCUUUUCUGAGGCUGCUACAUCUGUGUCUCCACGAAGUAAACCAAGACAUGCCCGUAGUAAGAGAGAAAAGACAAGUGCCAAAGUCAAUGCUCAGAAAGAUUUCAAAACCGGAGAAAAUGGAUGUCUUUUAUCAGACUAUUCUUCUGAAGGAACAUCACUGUAUCCAUCUAAUCUUAGCAAAACUGAAAAACUGUCUAGGAAUAGGUCUGGGCGGAGAAAGAAAGUUAGGUCUGAUCAUAGAAAAGUUACUUGCCCGAGAGUCACUGGGAAAGGAUCCAAAGAUAUUGAAAAGCCUAAUUGCUUUCCCACGGAACAUUCAUAUGUUGGAACUACUGAGCCGGCUUGCCACCAAGGUUCCUUAGAAAUUUCUUUAGAAAAUCCAGCGUCUUCUGCUAUGGACAAAACGACUGGAGAUGUAGAGUCCACCAUUCUGCAGAUUCUUCCCUCCACUUCUUCUGGUCAGUUACAGAGGCCUAAUGGGAGUGAUAAAGCUGGGCCAAGAAAAAGGAAAUCUGUCAAAGCCAACUCUGCCCGACGCAGAAAGCAAAAUGUUGUUGUCCGAAAGAAGGAUAAUUUUAACAAAUCAGGCAGCGGGGGGGACACUAAACAAAAAAAUCGACAGGAUCAGUGCAUCAUAAUAGAAGAGUCGCAAGCAAAUGAUGUAUUUCAAGCAGGAGGAAACCUUUCUCAUCUUAUUUCUGAAAUGGACAAUAGUUUGUCUUCAAGCAAACCUGAUGGAUUAAAGAGUGAGUUUUCUCUUAAACCUUCCUUUUGAUCAGAUUCUCUCAGAUCGUUCAUUGUCCUUGUUUGUUUGUAAUCUACUUUCACGCCAUCUAGAAACUUCGUUUGAUGACUCCAUAAUUUUGUAUAGAGGUAAAUACUCUUCAAACGUAUCAACCUCACGAUGCAUCCAAGUCUGGCAACAAGCAUGGAUGCAGGGAGGCAUCUGUAUGUGAUGACGAGGAAGUGGCAACAGGUUCAAAUCAUGGUUCAGAGGGGCAGACUCUACAUAAACGGGCAGCCUGGGUGAGUUGUGAUGACUGCCACAAGUGGCGUUCCAUAGCAGUUGAACUUGCAGACGCCAUAGAUGAAACAGACUGCAGAUGGUAAGGAGAUCCAUCAUGACCUAUGAUGGCAUAAUUAUUUUUCCAUAAGCAUGUUCGAGUUCAAAUGCUGUAACACAGUACGAAUGUGAAUCCCACUUUUUCUGCUAAAUUAAUCAUUCUAGUGGAAAAUCUCUACUUUUCAAUGCUGGAAAUCAUAAUAGUGUAACACUACCAUUCUACUGAUGAGGUCUCACAAGCUUUUUGUCCGGUGAUUUUAUUAUAGCCUCAAACUCGUUCUCCGUGAGGAUUAGACUAAUAAUAUGUGUAAAGGGCUAUACUAUGUUUGGAAAGAUGGAAAAUAAAAUGACUACAGCUUUAGGCAUUCACUUGCUUCUGUUCGGCCUUGGGUGAUUUUCUUCAAAUAUUCCAUUUUAUUUUGGUGAUGAAUAUGAUACCUGGUCCCCCAGAAGGGGAGAUGAAAGAACUAUUUAAAAUGGUUUCCGGUUUUUUUCAAAAUCUACAUAUCUGGUUCCGAUGAAAUGGUUGACGAUUCAGUUGGAAACAUGGGUUGGUCUUGAAUUAACAAAAGGUAUGUCAUUAGGUGAGGGUGAGGUUAUUCAUUGAAUUUUUAGCGGAUCAAGUACAAAGUCACCAUGAACAAUUUGAUGUAUAAAUUCAUGUGAAUGCAAAAGACAAUAGCUUUCCUCACCUGUUGUUUUUUCUUUAAGUUUAUAGAAAUACGCUUGUACUUCUAUUACUGAUGCUGUUUAUCUUUUCCAUACAGAUGAGUAUCUAUUUGCUGGUGCGAUUUAGUAAAUGUACACCGAAUUUCUACCUGUUAUAAUUGAGGGCAAAUUUUCAUUCAAAUUCAACGGGGACAUCUACACGUCUAGAGAGAGAGAGAGAGAGAGAGAGAGGUGGGGGUGGGGGGGAGGGGGAGAGGAAGGUAGGGAGUAAACAAUACAAUUAUAUUAGUCAAAUGACUCCAACACUGUAGCUAUAUGGCUGGACUAGUUUUAAGACCAACAGCUUAAAUUUCUUUUUUUUUCUUUACAUUUGAGUUCUGACGGUUAGUAUGCCGGAUCACUCAAAUAAUAUAUGCAAUGCUACAAUUUUUUCAACAUGAAAUGAUCGAGAUAUACUAUGAAGUCUAUUUCUUUUUCAAAUUCAUUGGAUUCAUCAUGACUUCAUUGAAAAUAAACUAUCAGAUGAACUGUGUCGGUUUUCCUAUUGGCUCAGGCCUCGGCUUUGUUUCAAAGUUUUCAUUUCCACUCCGCCAUGUGGUAAACUGACGUAUAUCAUACAUGGAAGUCCCAUGGCUUGAGUUCGCUCAAAAAAAAUUCAUUGGACUUUUGCUCCUCUUCCUUAGGAACAAGUGUCUUAUAUCACUAUGCGAGGGGAAGUUUCCUUUAUCUUCAAGAGAAAGAUGAAUUUUCCUGGAUACAUAAUCAGAUACAUAGUCACAACGUGUUGUGUUACAUAUUUCAUUUUGAGUUAUGGGAAUCGAUAAAAGGGAAUGAUGUACCAUACAUAGAUUCUUCUUUCCUUGAAUAGUUCAACCAAAAGGUUCUGCAAGGUUGAAUUUUUUUCUUUCUACCUCACUCGUUCUUGGAGAGGCACUGAAAAUCUCGGUGAGUUAUUUGAACGCAUUUGGUAACAGUAAGAGCCCAAAAUUUCGAGACUGACUGUUGGAUCCUAAGCUAUCUGUUCAGUACCACGGGCUUAGAGAAAAUGAUUGCAGAAAGGGUAUAACCUUUGAUGCUUUUACUAGUGUCUAAGAUGAUGAAUUUAUUUGUCAAGGGGUCUAGUUUUCAGUUAUAAUCUAUCUCUUUGAAAUUUCUGGAUUCCUUGAUUACUGCCUAGUAUUCUUAAGUCCAGAUGAAAAUGAUACGCUGAAAAGCAGUUGUGCGCUCUUCUUUGUUGCCAACAAUUAAGUCAUGAGUCUAAAAUGUUUGGAAUUUCGUCUAAUGUCUUAUAGAAUGUCCUCUAGGACUUCCCAUAAUCAUUUAUUUUCGGUAGUUGACCUUUCUCUUCGCAUUGUGGCAAGUACCGUACUAUGGUACCUAGCAUGUGAACUAAUAGGUUCGCCAUAUUAUCCUUCUGCCAUUGAUGAAUAAAUGAAUUAAUUCUUUUUUUAAUUGUUGUUGCUGUAGUUAUUAGUCUACAUUUUCUAAGAAUUUCAACUUCAUCAUUUAAUGUAUUUUUUCCUCUGUUAUCUUUUGUUCUUGGCAUAUACUAAAUUAAGAAAAAAACUGUAGUUUUUAUUUUGCCCAUUUUAAGAAGUAUGAAUCGCACUCUCGGAUUGUCUACCCAUGUCUAUAUGCUUCUUUGUUUAAAAACUAUUGAAUCAAUAUUUUGGUCAUCGAUUGAGGAGCCUUUUCAACAUUCUCCUGGUAUGACAAACGAAAUGAAGGAUGAUUUAUUUUUCUCUGCUCCCGGGUAACUAGUUUACUAUAAUUUCUUCCUCCUGUGAGCACUCCGUGGUUUUGGUGCUUGUGUAAAUCAUGUUUUUGGAUUCUCAAUAGUUCACAUGCUAAGCUGUAAAAUCGACAAUGUUUGAAAGAUGCUUCCAGUAAACGUACUAACUUAAAAGACAACCCUGUGUGAACUGUGUUUGUGUCAUGGGAAUUUUUUAUCAUGUUAGAAGCAACAAAGACCUCCCUUUCUCUCCCCUCUCUCUGUUGCUAAUAUUCUCCUUGAAUGAUUUAUAUGACGUUUAUUUUGAAGGACAUGUAAGGACAAUAAGGACAAGGCUUUUGCAGACUGCACCAUACCCCAAGAGAAGACAAAUGCAGAAAUUAAUGCAGAGUUGGAAAUAUCAGAUGCUUCUUGUGAGGAAGACUUGUACACCGAACAACCACGUACCACAGGAUCUAAUUUAAAGCCACCAGGUUUCUUGACAUAUUUCAUGGUUCAUAAAAGCAAAGAUUAAGUUUGUUUUUUCCGUAAUGUAUCCUUUGAUAGCUGCUUGUACUUACUGAGAUUGUAUCAGAAAUUAAGUAUACGAGUUAAAAUACAUCUAUUGUUUAUGGUGCAGCUUUCCAACAAUCUGCAUGGGUUCACAUCAAUAGCAACAUGUUUCUUCACCGAACUCGUAAAACCCAGACGAUUGAUGAGGUUUGAAUUAAUUCAACUGCUCUUACAUUUUAAAUGUAUCAUAGUCAUUAUUUGAAGCUCUUUUGAUUUACAUACCAGGGACCGUUUUUCUCCCUCCCCCCGGAAUUAUUUAACAUACCACUUGAUUCGGAGGUUUUCUUACGUCAUUUUCUUUCCUUCCGUUCAGUAUCUUUUUAUGUCUACAUCUAUCCUUGCUUCUGACUAGGGAUUGAAAUAGAUGAAUGGUAUGCAAUUUUUUUGUUCAAAACUGAUUCGGAAAUAUUGAUUUAAUAUUGUACUACUUCAUUGCUCUCCCAAAUUUUAGAGGAGACAACAUGUGAUAAAUCUCAUUUUCACGUUGGAAAGUGGGAUCCAUCUUCUUUUGUAAGGUCAUCAGAUUCUAUAUUCAUCCCUAACUAUGAGAAUUUCAUUUAGCAAGGACGAUGCAUUCUUUCUGGUUUUUGAAUUUCAAAAUGUUAUCCUUUUUAACAACAGGGGAAAAUAGGCUUUUAGUUUUCAUGCUUCCCGUUGUGUCUUUGUCCUCAGUAAUCUUACUACCGUUCAUUUGACUUCUAUAUAAUUAAGAAAAAUGAUAAGAUAUUACUUUUACAUAAAAAUUGUUUUCGCGAAUAGGAAGGUAUGGUGUCAGUGAUUCUCAAACUUAAUUGAAAAUUGAUAAGAUAUUGCUUUUACAUGAAUCUCAACUAGUGAUAUCUGAAAUAAAAAAAUUAUGUGAUGAAUGCCAUAACCAGGUACACUUGAUAGCUGAAAUAAAGUUGUGGUCAGUUUCAGACUGUUACUGAGCUUUGCUAAUUGUUUAUGGCAGAUUACCCAGUGUUUGCAUAAAAAUUGUUUCUAAGUAUGUGUUAGACUGCUUCAUACUCUACUCUAGUUUGCAUGAAAAUUAUUUUCCUUCUCAAAAAGCAUAUGCAUGCAAAGAAAUGCUUCUCUAUAUACGGGUUACGUUUUUUCAAUUUUAAUUUUAACGAUUUUAUAAUUGAAUUUAUUUACUGUUCCAUUCCUUAAGACUGAUUUUGAUCCUUCCAAUGUCUUUUUCAUCUCUUUGAACAAAGUAGAUCAUGGUUUGCCAAUGUAAACCUCCUCUAGAUGGCAGCUUGGGUUGUGGAGAUGAAUGCUUGAACCGGAUGCUUAACAUAGAGUGCACCCCAGAAACAUGCCCCUGUGGCAAUCUUUGUUCAAAUCAGCAGGUAGUACAUUGUCAUCAACUUUUUUAGCAUGUCAAUAUGAUCGUCAUCUACAUGAUAUUUUUCAUCAACUGCUUGCAGUUCCAGAAACGUGAAUAUGCCAAAUUUAGAUAUUUCCGUUGUGGAAAGAAAGGAUUUGGCCUGAAAUUGUUGGAAGAUGCAUGUCAAGGACAGUUUCUGAUUGAAUAUGUUGGAGAGGUAAUACCGUAGUUAUUUUGGUAUUUGUACUCCUUUUCCAUUUUUCACUUAAGAGGCGUGUUCAGGUUGUAGUCAUGAUAUCUAGCGAAUAGGCUUGUCUGGUUUGAAUUUCUGGAAAUCGGCUGCUUUAUGAUGUUGCAGCGCUGCAUACUUCUUCAAUCCUAAUGUUUGGCGUGAUAAUCUGUGUCAAAUCCUGAAAAACAGGCUCAGGAGUCGAACACUUAUGACACAGGCUCUGGGUCUAAACAAUUAAAGAUAGAAUGUUGAAUGUAGCCCUGUAGCUCCCUGCUUUUUUUCGGACUAGGGAGUCACGAUAAAUUGAAGAGGUACAAAUUGCUGGUAAGUGGGAGUGUAUUAACAAAACCUUCAACGUUCCCUCAAGGAAAUAAAUAACUAGGGAAAGUAGAGUAAAUAAAUACUUGGAGCAUCUCUACAAGCACAACUUCUCCCUUAGAAAUAAAACAUCUCUGUUAUACAACAUGACGAUAAAUAACAAAAAUUCUGCUAACAGGCAGAUUGAUGUCUAUAACUUUGAACAUCCUAUAAUUCGUUCCUCGUUCCACCAUAUUCUCUGGAAUCACCCCUUUCUUCCUCAUUACGUCGUUUAUUCUUCAACGACUGACUGAUUUAAUAAAUAUUUUGAUAAGAUUCAGGGAUACUUAAGAAAAUAAUCUUUAGUAUCUGUAAUCCAAUGUUUUCUCAGCUUGUCCGAGUAUGCCAGAAGCCUUUGCAUCUUUUCUAAAUUUUCAUUUCUUUAAUCGUGCCACUCUCUUUUGUAUAAUUUUCCGCCUAACAAUGUUUUUACGGUAAAUUUUUUGUCCCAUGCUCUAGCCCUUCAUUCUGUUAUCUUCAGUUGUGUUUUGCCUGUAACUCUCCUUGUACCCCUCUUCCUUGUUUUUGUAUAUUCUUCACCGGGUAUAAGUUUUACUUAAAGAUAUUAGGUCUCCGAACAUAUGAAGCUCAUUAUGUUAUUCUAUGAGGUUGUUUCGCAACUCAAUAUUUCAGUCUCAAGUUCUUUCUCUCGUCUGAAAGAUUUCCAGUUAUUUUCUUGUAGGACCGUUCUUAGCCCUUAUGAAAUAUGAUACCUGACCGCGGCUUGAUAAAUGUAUCCAUGUGUAUGCAAAUCUCUUGGGGGCACUGCUACUGGAUAAGAAUGACGAGUCAAAAGAUUUUUUACAACGGGUCAAUUAUCAUCCUUCUAGCAUUAUGAAUUUCACAAGUUGUUGACAGCUUUAUUUUGUUGAGUUUCCAUUUUCAUGACAUUAGAUUUAUUUUCUGUCGCAUGAUUCUGUGUAUGGUUUGGCAGAUUACAACUAUUGCAUUUUGUCUCAACUUUACUACUUUUCAAAGAAUCCAAAGAGAGAUACCAUUUAUAAACUGUUUUUUACUCCUUUUUUCUUUCAAACAGGUGCUUGAUAUGACUGCUCAUGAAGCUCGUCAAAGAGAAUAUGCCUCCAGAGGUCAAAAACAUUUCUAUUUUAUGACACUGAAUGGCAAUGAGGUUGUAAUUUUCCAUUAUUUCUAAAUUUAAAUUCUCUUAUUUUAUGUUUUUAUUAAUUCUCGUAUACAGUGGAGUGAUGAAAUUUCGUGAUGCUAAAUAUACGUUUUUUUUGUAAUCAUCUUUACCUAUCCUCAUGGGGUGCUAUUAUGAUUAAAGUAGUGUUUUGUGUAUGGAACCUUAGAAAUAGGAACUCAAGUAUGAAAAAGGGAAAUUUUCUUUAAUAAAUAAAACUAUUGGGAAAUGGAUACUUUUUUGGCCAUUGAUAACUUGCUUGGGUAUACCUUUUUUAGUCCCCUAUUGUUAGGAGUGACGUUGGGGCACAUGAUAAGCUGUCAACAAAGAACAUUACGAAGUGUCUACUCAAACUCAGCGGAUGGAUAUUCACACUUAUCUGAAGUGCAGCUCGUGCGAUAUUUGUACUAACAAAGGAACAUGUUGGGUAUUGAGAAAUCUUAUGCUGAGAGAAUUGGGUUUGUCUGUAUCAGUUGUUUGUGCUAUUGGUGGUAGAUUAAUGACUUGAAUCAGAACAUUCAUACUUUAGUUAUGGUAUCAUUUCAGAGACUGCAUCAUCUUUAUUGUGUUUUGGUGUGCUUACGCUUAACUGUGUGCAGGUGGGUGAAUACGUUUGAACUGGUAGUUUGCAUGGUGUUCUGAAUCAGAUUUGACUGCCUAUUUAGGAUGCGAUUCAUAAACUCGGUUGUUUUGGGUAAACGGCCAUCAUAUUCGUUGAUUUGCGUACUCUUCAGAUACUGGCAAUUAUGAAACACAUAAGAAUAAAUGUAUGACUAAGAAUACAUUUGUUUUAUGGAAGAUAACAGUUUAUUUUGUUAAACGUAAGGAAAAAGUCAGAACUGAUAUUUGACUUGGGAGGUGAUUUAGCUACCGUAACUACGUAGCUAUAAAUAAAUUUCCUCUAUGUAAACCACUCGUUUUUUCAUUUUAAAGCAACCUGCAAUUAAAAAUCAUACUUCAGUUUUAAAAUUAUCGAUCCUUUUUUAUUUCAUGAUCUAAUUUCCUUCAGAAAAAACGAAAGUUCAUUUUUCUUUGGAGACGGUUACCUUAUUUUAAACGCUCCUGUGUUGUCCUGUCUCGAAUCUGUAGCUUAAUGGAAUUGCUUCUGUCUACUCAUGGAAAAACUUUGUACUGUGUCCAGGUGAUAGACGCUUGUGCUAAAGGAAACUUGGGGCGUUUCAUCAACCACAGCUGUGAGCCUAAUUGUCGCACUGAAAAGGUCCAAAUCUUCAUUACAUUUGCAAGAGUUUGAAUGCAUAUUUUGUGUAUUUGUUCUCUUGUCCAUUGGCCGAGCAGACUGAAGCAUAAAAUUGUAAUUACAUUUCUAUUGGUCGUGAAUUUUCACUGAUUGAAAAAGCUUUGUUGAAGCAGUGGAUGGUUAAUGGAGAAGUAUGCAUCGGCCUAUUUGCAGUACGAGAUAUCAAGAAGGUACUCUUUUACACAGUGUAUUUUAUCUUCUACUUCAUGAAUUGGAUUACUUAUGACUUUUUUUCUUAAAAAUGAGGAAAUUCUUAGGUGAGACAUUUAUAUCCUUUUCGAGUUCAAGCCUUGGGCAGGUCUUGAGGCAUAACCCUUGCAUAUUUUACUUGACUACUAAGUACAAGAGAAGCUGAAGUGUUAUCUCGAUUUGUACGGGUUAAUUUACUUCUAAAUAUCUGGGAUCAGUAAAUUAAAUGUGACAAAAAAAUGGAGAAUAUGAGGAACACCUCUUACAUUGGAAUAAUAUGUCAGUUGAAUGUAUAAACACCCAAAAACUUUGGCAAUCACUGAUUGCAAUCGUCUGUAAUUCUUCCACCAACUGUAUGGACGACUUCUGUCUUUUUUUUUCCUUCUCUGGAAAGUCUCCUCGAUUGUUUUUAUUAUAUAUGCUGCAUGGCAUGUACCAACCUUUUUUCAGUCAUUGCAACUACUUUUUGUCAUUGGCAAAUUGCUGACAACCUUCGAUUUUAAUAUUUUAGUUUAUGAUUUUCUAUUUGUUUUGUAAUGCAUAUUCGCUGUUUUGUAGGGGGAAGAAGUUACAUUUGAUUACAACUAUGUCCGAGUAUUUGGAGCCGCAGCAAAAAGAUGUGUAUGCGGAUCUGCAGAAUGUCGUGGCUACAUUGGUGGUGAUCCAUUGAAUAGUGAGAUCAUUGUUCACAGUGAUUCAGAUGAAGAACAUCCUGAACCUGUAAUGAUAUACGAAAAUGGUGAAAUAAAGGUCGAGGUAGCUGAGAAAAUUUCCGAAUCAGCUGAUUCGGCAGAUCUCCAGCUUGGUGUUCCGGUACAGGAUUCUGGGAAAACAAGGAUGACAACAGAUAUUAGUCACAGAGUGGACCUUUCUUCGACAAAUGAUGAUGCUAUUCUCAGGCUUUCUCCUGUAGGCCAACCAUCAGAAGCUUUGCCAUUAGCAUCAAGGAACCAAAUUGCACCUGAUCCAUCUCCGGAUGGUAACAAGCCAGAUACUCCAAGAUCAACCCCUGAUUUAAAAUCAUCUCGUUCAAUCUGUGCGAUAAAAAAGAGAAGGUGCAAGAUUAACAAAUCCAUGAUGCAAAAAGGAAAAAGGGCAUCCGUGGUCUCUCACACACAGUCAGGAAUAUGUCGUACUGGUCACCAUGAAGGGGGUAAUGUGAUCUUACAUUGCGUAUUGUAAUCACAUAUUUUUGAUUUUUCAUAUCAUUUAGUUUGUCUUCGCCUUGCAGUUGAAGAAAAACUUAAUGAGUUGCUUGAUUCUCGUGGUGGUAUCAACAAACAUAGGGUAUGCGACAGACUACAUUCUGCAGAUUUUUUUUUGUGCUUUUUAGUUGCUUGCCUGUAUCUUAUGUUUUGUUGAAAAGAUGUUCCCUGGGAACGCCUUGGCUGUAUCAAAAUGUUCUUCAUUAUUUGUUUCUCUAUUUGGAUAUUUUUCACAUCUUUUGUCAAGAAACUUUAUUUUACUCCCAAGUCAUCAUGGUUGGGAAAUAAUUACUUCUGUUAUAUUGUUAAAUGAAAAAUGACAACAGCUACGUUUCUUUGGUGCUAUUCUGUCAUUUUGGGUUGGAUUAUUUAUUAUUGGAUUUUCUAAAUCAUCUCCUCAUUGCCAGGAUGCUACGAAAGGCUACUUGAAGCUUUUAUUUUUUUCUGCUAAGUCAGGGGAUGACAUGAAAAGUGAAACAUCUCAGAGGUUGUUUUAUAUGCUAUUUCUUACGAGAUUUGCAUUUUUUUUGUGGAUUUCUAAUUUUACCUGACCUACUCUUGUGUGAAUCUUUCAGCACAAGAGAUCUUUCAUUGAUUCUUGACGCUCUCUUGAAAACAAAAUCAAGGACUGUAUUAGCUGAUGUAAUCAAUAAAAAUGGUAUGUUUGGGGUGGUAAUUGUGACAUAUUGAUGUGCUUACGUAUGAAUAUCAUUAUAACAGAAUUUUCCUUUUGCAUUUCAGGAUUGCAAAUGUUACACAACAUUAUGAAGCAGAACAGGAAGAAUUUUAAUAAAAUUCCUAUAAUUCGUAAGCUUCUUAAGGUAAAUACGUGCAUUUGAUGUAUGAGUUUUAUAUCAUUAAUUUCAGUUCAAUAAGCCCAUAUUCUUUGUAGAAUCCGGUCCUUAUUUCUUUUUACUGGGAAGAGCCUUUGAAGCUUUCUUAUUUCCAGUCACUUUUAUUCAUUAGCUCUACUGGAGACCUUUUAUAAAGGUGGUUCCUGAUUCAUAGACCUAUUUCUUUUGUUGCCUCUUCGUGUUCUAUUUCAAGUGUAUUUAGUUUUGUUGCCAUCCUAGUUCUUUUGUGUGCUUCAUUAUAUUGUUGGGCCUUUAAAUUGACCAUGUAUGAGACAUGGUCAAUUUGACAGAACGAACAUGAAGCCUCAAUGCUUCAUUACUUCUCUCUGUUGUGAACCUCCUUGAGAUUGGGCGCUUGUUGUGUCAGUUCAAAUAUUUCAAAAUUGUAAUGCCAAUCAAUUAAAUAAAUCCGUAUUUUUUUCUUUUGCAGGUAUUAGAGUUCCUUGCUGUAAAGGAAAUACUUACUCCUGAGCACAUGAGCUAUUUACCUUCUAAUGCGGAAUUCGAGAGGUUAUGCAUUGCAGUGGCUCUUGUCAUUCCUUUUAUUUUAUUUUAUUUUUUUGAGUUCGGACUAUCGCUAUGCUGGGUGAAAAUAAGGCAUAGAUCUUCUUGUGCAUGUUUAUAUUUCCCCUUGAUUUGUAGACUUCUCUUGCCGUAGGGUUCUGUAGUCAUGAAAAGGGGGAUGCAUUUUAUUAUAUAUACCAUCAUGGAGAAUUUCUAUAUGUCAGUCUUUACUAAGGCAUUUCGGAAUAAUAUGUUACUGUCGGGAUCUUGAAUUCAUUACUUGCUGAUUUCCUUGUCAUUCAGUUUCGUUUCAAUCUAUUGCUGCUUAUGGUGCUUCCAUUGAUUUCAUGGCUAUUAUAUUGCAUAAUCUGUAUCCACCAUUUAUCUGGGUUGUUGGCACAUUAUAGCUUCCGCAGCUGAUUUGCCCUUGAGACAGAACAGGGAAGAUUAUAUGCAGACAUAUUCCGCCUUAUCUCUUGUCAUUUAAGAACCGAAAUCUUCUGGAGUCUUCUUCUAAUUACAGCCUCCCUCCUUAACAGGAAUUCUUGUCACCUGAACUCAUUGUAGCCGAGGCAUGUAACACAGAAUUAGUGGAUUGAGUCACUAGUUUGUGAUGCUUUUUGCUGGUACCUGAUCAGCACCUUAAAAAAAAUGGUUGACCGUCAAGUUUGGUCAAUCUCUGAUCAGAUUAUGGAUCUUAUCCUUAUCUCUUCAUUCCGAAAAUGUUAGCUCACUGACAUGAUAUUCAUAUUAGUGUCUCCCAUUAUUAUCCUAGUUUUUUAGUACACAUCAUUGUCGUAUGGUUAGGAAAGUAGCCAAUAUUGAACUCAGUGCUGCAGUUAACGAGGUAUGUUGACCCAACUUGAACCAUUUCGAUUGCUCAAAAUUAAUUUUCAGGUUAGAUGAAAACCAAGUGAUUGCGAUUGCAUAUAACUAGUGUGAUAAGAUGAACGAAUGAUGUACACAGGAAGGUAUCAAGCCUUAUAGAUAUGACCACCAUCGACAUUUAUGAUGUUUCUGCCACCGUACCCUGCCUCUUAUUCCGUUGUUGAUCAGUUCGAAUGUUUACAGGAGACAAGUGAACACAAAAGACCAGUCGCUUACACCUCCAUUACUAGUGAACCUGCUAGUAAAACCGAAGAAGUUCAUGUGAAUAGUGUGAAACGUGGUAGAAGCCAAGAUGCAGAAUGACAGUUCAAUGUACAACAAUGUUAUUCUCAAAGUUGGAUGAGUUUUUUUUUCGUAAUUUAAUCAAUAGUGUUAAUCGAGGCAUAAAAUACUGGUGUUCAUGAAUCAACAGAUGGGAAGAAAACUGACUAUCCAGUAGUUAUAGCGUCCUGGGUAUUGUCUACUUUAGACGCUCUUGCCUAGCUCCUCUGUCCAUAUAUAUGUAUAUAUUGUGUAUUUAAUUUAGUUUGUAGAAAUAUCUGAUCGGCAGGCUGUUCAGCCCAUGGAAGGUGUAAAUGCCAGUGGCGAAAGCAGAAUGGUGGACCAAAAGCCCUUUCCCCCAUGAAUGCCGUUGGUUCAAUUUCAGGGUUCAUUUUCAUUUUACAAGUUAUCUGCUGUUACCAUGCUCUUUCUUUACAUUUCUUACAUGGGGUGGGAAUCUCUAUAUCCGUACAUGAAUACUUUAUUUAUAACUGGGAAUUUGAAGUAUCACAAACUCGCUCAUAUGUUUUCCGUUCUUUUGCAGCUUUAAGGAUUCAAUACACAAAUUGACGUAUCACAAUGAUACUCAGGUAAUAUUCUAUUCAUGUUUGCAUUCAGCCUGCACCAUUGGACAUGUUUCUGAGAAUCAUUCGUCAGUAGAUCUGGCAUUUGAUUGUAUUCUUCUUAUUGAUUCGUUUACGCAGCCUCCUCAAAUAGUUCAUAAGAUCUCCUGGCCAUAAGCUAUAUCCACCUAGUUGAUGUCGUGUAGUUUUGAAGCAGUCAUUAUCUAGGCCUGGACCCCUCUUCUUGGAAACUCUGAACCAAGUAACUGGGUUCAGACAGGACAAGUUUAACUUGUACGGGUCAACCCAGAUCUCUCUACAUGCGCAUUUAUCAGGAUCUGAUCGGGUCAGAGCCUUUAUGACGGGCCUCUACAGUUUUUGGAGGCUUUGUGCUUGCUAUAUUCAAGUGAUGACAUUUGAGUGAUUGCCACUACCUCUUAGAAGGUAGUGCGAUCUGCUACUGCCACCCCAUUCACAUGGAUUUGACCUUGUCACCCAUGAGUGGGCUUUUUACCAAAUCCCUUACUGAUCUUGACUGCACACCGAAUGUCAACACUCUCUCUGUCUCUGCGAGCAUCUGGUUUCCAUACUGGGGGUCAGAGAACAGGAGUAGGAGCUGCAGCUGAGCUAGUUUCAGAAAAACGUCCCUAUAUAAUUGAAAGUCAUUCCCUUUCGUCACUGAUGAUUCACACUCAUUCUGUCCUCUUCAGGUUCAUCAAAUGGCUCGAAACUUCCGAGAUAAAUGGCUUCCUCGCCCCAUCAGAAAAGUCAACUCAUCGGACAGGGACAUCGGUCGGUCUAAUCUGAAACGCCCCAACUGCAACUGGUUCUCACCAGUGCCACCAAAACGAGGCAGCAUAGAGGGUGCGAGAGACACGGAUGCUAAUCAUCUCCCAUCACCUUCCCACGGUCUUGAUGCGAAGGAGCUGGCACCUCCUCCCGUGCCUGCUGCAGCCGAAGUCAACUCCUCUGCCGCCACAAAGCCCCGUAAGCGUAAGACCCGUUGGGAUCAACCAUCUGAUGCAACCCUAUCAGCUCCAGCUGCAGACCCCAGCCCAAAGCUCUCGAGAUUUAAGGUCAAUCAAGCGGAAUCAGAUCCCCAGAGCUCAUCCAAGUCUGAAAUGGAAGCAACACCCAGAGCCAUUGCCGCUGACAGUUUGAAUCCACAGUCCUUUGAGGAAGUCCCUCCCGGGUUCGGUCCUCCUGUGAGCAGCAGCCAGCCUCUGAUUCAAUCCGACCUCUCCAUGAUCAGAGCCGAAGCUGUCGCAGGCCAUCCCCAGCAGCGGUACCGCCCGCAUCUCACUGUAUCAUAUGGCAUUCCGCUGGCGCUGGCUGAGCAGCUGGGCACCGCCGCCGAUGGCGAGGAAGGAUCUAAGCAGUGCCGGCCGAACUGGAAGAUCGCCCCAGGCAUGCCCUUCCACCCUUUCCCCCCUCUGCCUCCAGUUCCUCGGAGAGAGCUGUUUCCUUGUUCCAGUUGCGGCUUAAUGCCGGAGAAUGGUAGAAAAGAGCCCCCCAUUGGACAUGGAGGGAACCCCCCAGUCAGCGCAGAAGGCUGUGGGCAUGGUAAUGAGCACAACCAGUGGAGUCACAGGCACCAGAGACCAGGACCGCCACCCCCUUGGCAGGGGGAAAGAAGAGAAGAAGGCUGCAGGUUCAGCGGCGGCGUGCCAGGGUUGGCGGCCGGCACGGGAGACGUCCAGAAGACGGGCCGCGGCGCGUGCUUUCCAGAGGCGGCGAGGGGCGAGAACGUCGUGCCGCCGGCAGCCUUCGGCGAGUUGCCGCACCGCGUGCAGUGA